AUGUUUCUUAAAACAAUUUUAUUUGUUGUCGGCUGUUUUUCGGUGGUUGAUGGACGUGCUAACCUAUUGAUUAGCAAAACACCUCUCAGCAGAUUUGCUGUCGAAAAUACGCACUAUCUCAUCGAGUAUCAAUUUAUCAACAUUGGUGACACUGCCGCAACGAAUGUUAUUCUGGAUGAUCGAGGCUCAUUCCCAACCUCCCAUUUCCAUAUUGAAAAAGGUUCUCUACGAGUUAUUUACGAAGAAGUUCCCGCAAGAAGUAACAUAACUCAUGUCGUUGUGAUUAAACCCCGAUUUGUUGGAGAAGUCGAAAGCCUUCCCGCGAACGUGACAUUUUACGACGGAAAUGAAUACGCGACCACUCAAUCGACCGCAUACGGAAAAUAUUACGUUUACAAUACGAAAAGCUUCAUGCGUUUCUACAACUCGAAGUGGCAAACAUUCGGCACAUUUUCCUUGAUCUGCCUUCCGAUCACUCUAUCGGCAUUGCUUCUCUACAUGUGCUCAGUGAAUCGUUAUUGCAUCGAGAAGAAAUCCAAAAAUAUUUGA